GGAAGUGCCAUCCGGAAGCGCGAGCGUGGGUUCCCGGGCUCUGCCAUGGCGGCUGCCGGAGCACGCUGGAACCAUGUGUGGGUCGGCACCGACACCGGGAUCCUGAAAGGGGUGAACCUGCAGCGCAAACAGGCGGCGAACUUCACGGAGAGCGGCCAGCCGCGGCGCGAGGAGGCGGUGAGCGCCCUGUGCUGGGGUCCGGGCUCCGAGACGCAGAUCCUGGUGGGCUGCGCCGACAGAACCGUGAGGCACUUCAGCACCGAGGAAGGCCGAUUCCAGGGUCAGAGGCACUGCCCGGGAGGGGAGGGCACCUUCCGAGGCCUCGCCCAGGUGGACGGCACGCUCAUCACCUGUGUGGAUUCCGGGAUUCUCCGAGUCUGGAGGGAUGACGACAAGGACGCCGCCUCCGACCCGCUCCUGGAACUGAACGUGGGCCCUGGGGUGUGUAGGAUGCGCCAGGACCCGGCGCGCCCCCACGUGGUGGCCACAGGGGGGAAGGAAAACGCGCUGAAGGUGUGGGACUUGCAGGGUUCUCCGGAGCCCGUGUUCAGGGCCAAGAACGUACGCAAUGAUUGGCUGGACCUGCGGGUUCCCAUCUGGGACCAGGACAUCCACUUCCUCCCGGAGUCGCAGAAGGUUGUCACCUGCACAGGGUACCACCAGGUCCGCGUCUAUGAUCCUGCCUCCCCGCAGCGCCGGCCGGUCCUGGAGGCCACCUAUGGCGAGUACCCGCUGACCGCCAUGACCCUGGCGCCCGAGGGCCAUUCUGUGAUCGUGGGGAACACGCACGGGCAGCUGGCAGAAAUUGACCUCCGGCAAGGGCGCCUAGUGGGCUGUCUGAAGGGACUGGCGGGCAGUGUCCGAGGCUUGCAGUGUCACCCCUCCAAGCCCCUCCUGGCCUCCUGCGGGCUGGACAGAGUCCUGAGGAUACACAGGAUCCGGAACCCCCGGGGCCUGGAGCACAAGGUUUAUCUCAAGUCUCAACUGAACUGCCUCCUCCUGUCCGGCCGGGAUAACUGGGAGGACGAGCCCCCGGAACCUGAAGAGCCCAGUAGCCCCCCUCGAGACAUCGAAACUGACGAGCUUUGGGCCUCGUUGGAGGCAGCGGCCAAGCGGAAACGCCCCGAUUCCGAGCCCACCCAAGGGACUCCCCAAACCUGUCGGAGGAAGAAGAAGAAGAGGCCGGGGUCCACCAGCCCCUGAAAGAGCCGCCUGCGCUGGCUUUGUAAAUAAACAAU